UGCAAGUCACACUUGCGCGUGAAAAAUGGAAAUACCAGGGAGCGCAGAGGCCGUAGAACACGCAGGCGCGUUUGCGUCGUAAACAGUUGCGAGCAGUAACUUCGUAACGCACGAUGACUGCGGUGAAUGCGCGUAUAAACACACAUGAAAAUCGAUAGUAUUUACAGGCGUAGCGGCGUGCGCUCGAGAAAUUUGCCAGCUAAUCCGUCAGGUGAUCGUCAGGAUGACCGAUGUGAACAGCGUGUUCGGCUUCGAGCUCUUUCAAAAGCUCUACCACGAUGACAUCGGUAAAAAAGAAGACGUCAUAAUAUUGUUUGUGCACUGGUACUUGACAAAGGCCGGAUUUAGAUGCAUUGGCAUCGGAGAUGAGACAGUGUUUGAUGCAUCGGAGAAAGGAUCCGAAUUACUCCCAGCGGAAUGGAAUUCACGUCCCAAUUAUGCGCUGCGUUACGUGCAAGAUGGAAAAUUACACGUGCUUCUCGGAGUCAAAUCAGACGCAGAUCUGCUAUUGAACUUGAUGAGACACCACGACAAUUCUGUAUUUAAUAUUCCGUUCCCCAUCGAGGAAACUGUAUCUGCGUUACACGGGCCUUUAGAGACUAUAAUGCCAUCCUAUCAAACAAUGUUGCAUAACAUACAAAAAGAUUUUGUAAGCCCGACGUGCUCUAAUGACGCAGCGACUCAAACAACUGUAUCAAAUAACGGAAGUACCUCGGAGACUACUGCGGUUCCAGCACACGAUGGUCACCCUUCACUGAGGGUAGAACCUCGUCGUCCGCCAGCGAAUCGCCUUAGACCUGAAUAUGAUCCUGCGAGAGUAGGACAUAGAGAUCUCCAUCCACUCGGAGAAGGCGGUGGUAUGAUAUUCCAUCCAUUUGAAUCGAGACGUCGUCAAACUGGACGUUUACCGGGUGGCUUAGGAAUGCCUGGAGUAUUGCCGCCAGGUGCGAUACCACCAGGUGCAAGAUUUGAUCCUUUCGGUCCACCAGAGUUGGAUCCAUUCAGACAACCACGUCACAGACAACCCGAUAACGAUCACUUACCGCCUCCAGGAUAUGACGAUAUGUUUCAGUAAUAUGUUAAAAAAAAUUACACUCGAUAAUAAUGAAGGUAAAAAGUACAAGUAUAGACAGUUGCUGUAUAUAUUAAAUGUCUGUAUGAUGCUAUACUCCUUCGAUACUUCUACAAUAUAUUUUAACAUAUAAAGAAUGGUUUGUAAGAAUCAUGUGUGAAAGAUACAUCAUAUUUCCCUGGGAAGGGGAAUAAAGUUGGCAAGUUUAUACAAU